AUGGAGGUCACUGCUGAGGCCAAGAGGGUCAUGGUCGUGGCGUUGGGGAAACUGUACGGCUCCCGCACGCAGAGGGGAGGUCUUCGUCUCCACCGGAGUCUGCUCUUGACUCUGGUGAUGAAAUCCGCCCGGGACAUCUACCACGCGGCCCAGGCCAGGGCGUGGGGCGUCGCGGAAGCGGGUGAAGAACCGCAGCCAGCGGCUCAGGCAAAUAUGGAGCCAAGUGGCGUUCAACUGCUCCAGAGUCCGGCUUCCCUUCCCGUCGAACAGCCCCAGGUUGGCCCUCACCUGCCCGAAGAAGCACACGCUCCCGGCGGCGCGGAAAACAAGGAGAACGUGUGCUCGGCUGUGCCCGCGCCGCACACGCGGAAGCGACGGGGCAAAGCGGCGGCCGAGCCGGACUUCCUGCCUUGUAAGAAGGCAAAACUUGAACAUGGAAACAGCCCCCAACAGCUCCUUGUCAAUUCUGUUUUGGUGGACUACGUGACGUGCAGUAGUAAACUGGGACCACCCUCAACCCCCAUCCCCCUACAGACUGCCAUAGCGGCGUGUUGA